AUGAAGCUCUCCCUCCUCAGUGUCAUUGCACUCUUCGCGGCGGUGGCCACCGCCCAAACCAACAACACCAUCGCGGAAAUCAACGGCCGCGCUCGAACGCUGCAGGAGGAUAUUGUCGAAGUAGACGAUGCCGAGUUGAACUACAAGUGUCACAAACAAAACGGCAACUACAUCUCGUCCCUCAGGGCCGGAGAGUACUCGACCAGUGCGUUCCACAACUGUUUCCGCACUGUCGACCAAAUCUACGAGUUCAUCGAUACCUUGGUCGCACAAAACCCGACACUGCUGACUAAGUUUAUCAUCUCCAAGUCGUACUUUGGGCUCACGAUCUACGGGUACAAGUUGACCAAGGGCCACUCGCAGUCGCUGUACUUUCAAGCCCUGCAGCAUGCCCGUGAAUGGAUCACGGGGUCGUCGAUUGUGUUCUCGUUGGCGUCGAUUCUGGAUGACAUUACCAACAACAAACCCACGGCCGCCGACGAGUACGACUUGUACUUUGUACCGAUCGUCAACAUUGACGGCUAUUCUCACACGUGGAGCGGUGACCGGUUGCGGCGCAAGAAUGAAAACGAAGUCGACUUGAACCGCAACUGGCUGACCAAGUUUCCCAACCCCGAAAUCCCUCCCAAAUUCGACGAGACGUACCCCGGACUUAAGCCGUUCAGUGAGCCUGAAACCGCGGGCAUCAAUGAUUGGUUCCAAACCAAGCGCAAUGAAACCCAAGGGUUUAUUGACAUUCACUCGUACGGGGGGCUUAUCUUGUCUCCGUACGGAGACAUUAACCAGCCAAUCGGCGAUGGGUUUGACGAGAAGUUCGACGUCCUCGCCCGUGGAUUGCAAACCGUCAUGGGGGCGUACACCCCUAAGCCGUUGGCCCAAACAGCUGCCAUUUCGUAUGGAUUGUUUCAAGAUUACGCGUUCCUUGAGUUUCAAAAGCCUGCCCUGACGUUUGAAAUUGUCGGCGAUGAUUUUAUCGUGGACGUGACGACCAUCCCGACACGCGGCCUCGAAGUGUACAAAGGCAUCAACCAAUUCGCCAAGGAAGUCACCGUGUUCAACGAUGGAGACGUCGCGCCCACAAAACCGUCAUGUGGUGAUUAG